UGCGCAGUGCGGCUCCUGACGCCGCGCCUGCCCACAAGCGAGCGGCGGGAUGGAAGCGGCUCUGGAGAUCACGGCCCGGUACUGCCGGCAGGAGAUGGAGCAGUACGGGCGCUGCGUGGCUGCCAGCCCGGAGUCCUGGCAGCGCGACUGUCACCGGCUGCGGGUCAGCAUGUCCCGCUGCGCCGCGGCCCACCCCAUCGUGCAGCAGAUCAGGCAGGAUUGUGCUGAGCCCUUCACAGCCUUUGAGCAGUGCCUGAAGGAGAACCAGAGUUCUGUCCUCAACUGCAGUCACCAGGUCAAGGCCUUCCUGCUCUGUGCUGACCAGGUGAAGCUCUCCACGUGAGGGGAUCCUGGGAAUUCAAAUCCAUCUUCAGGACUGAAUGAAAAGUCUUUCUGGACUAUGGGUUGGUGGUUGGGUUUGGUUUAUUCUCCUGCCACGGGGGUGUCUUGGUUCUGGGCCCAGCUGGACUUUGGGAUGUUGGGAACAUUCCUGAUCCCUCCACUUUUGGGUGCUGAACCCUCUGGGUCCUACCUUGCUGAUUUACCUCAAAAAACUUGGAAAGAAAUUCCAGAAUUGUGGAGAAGUGACACCAAAGGAUCAACAACAACCUGGAGAUGGGCUUGAACAAGAACCUAACCCCAAAAAUCAACCUUCACCCCUUUUUUUUUUCUUCCUUCAGUCUGUUCUUCCACACUUCCAUAAUUACCUUCAUCCCAAUAAAACCACCCACUUCCCAAGAUCCAAAACCA